CUGAAACACUGUAUCGUCCGUCCAGCAUGAGGUCGCUAACCACGUUUAUUUACUUACACAUGGAAACGUAAUCACUCUAGUCGCCCGUUUACUGCUGCUUUUUGCAGGAUGUGUGCAUCCGUGUCAAAGAACAAGACAUCUGGAUACAAAGGUUCAACGGACUGCUGCAAAAACGAAGAGCGGGAGGGAAAGACUUGUGUGCGUUACAAAUGCAUCCUGCCCAAUUCCAUCCAGAAUGUCCUGCGCCAAAGACCAGGCUGGGUUGAAGUCAGAGAUGAGGGCGAGUGGGAUUUCAACUGGUGUGACGUCGGCUGGCUCAGGGAGAAUUAUGAUCACUUGUACAUGGAUGAACAUGUAAGGAUAAACCACUUUCGCAACCAUUAUGAGUUGACGCGCAAGAACCUCAUGGUGAAAAACCUCAAAAGGUACAGGAAAGUCCUUGACAGAGAUACUGGCCACAUGGAGGCAUCGAGGUGUGACUUUUUCCCCUGCACCUUUGCACUGCCCAGCGAGUAUCACCUCUUUGUAGAGGAGUUCAAAAGAUGUCCUGGCAGCACGUGGAUCAUGAAGCCGGUAGCAAAAUCUCAAGGGAAAGGCAUUUUCCUGUUCAGGAAACUGAAAGAUAUCAUGGAAUGGAAGAAGGAUGGUGCCCGCUCAGAAGAGCAGAAGGAAUCAGCUCAGGUGGAAAGCUACGUGGCACAGCGCUACAUAGAGAACCCAUACCUGAUUAAUGGGAGGAAAUUUGAUCUGAGGGUGUAUAUUCUGGUCACAUCAUACGCUCCUUUGAAGGCCUGGCUGUAUCGAGAUGGCUUUGCCCGCUUCUCAAGCACUCGCUUCUCCCUGAGCAGUAUUGAUGACAAAUACAUGCAUCUGACCAACGUGGCUGUUCAAAAAACAGCACCUGACUAUGACCCUGAAAAGGGAUGUAAAUGGCAGAUGCAGCAGCUUCGAAGAUACCUGACUGCAAAACACGGCAGAGAGGCGGUCGAGACUCUAUUUACAGAGAUGGAUAACAUCUUUGUCCGCAGUCUCCGGAGUGUACAAAAGGUCAUGAUAAAUGACAAACACUGCUUUGAGCUCUACGGGUACGACAUUCUACUGGAUGUAAACCUCAAACCGUGGUUAAUUGAGGUGAAUGCCUCUCCCUCAUACACUCCCAGUGGUCAAGAGGAUUACGAGAUGAAGUGCAGACUGCUGGAAGACACUUUGAAUGUUGUCGAUAUGGAGGGAAGGUUGACGGGCAAGGAGAAAAGGGUGGGUGGCUAUGAUCUCAUGUGGAAUGAUGGGCCCGUCUAUAGAGAGGAUGCCAACCUCGAAACAUUUGGGAGUUCAUGUUUCACAGCUAACACACACUUAGGGUGUGUGAAUGACAGAGAGCGGCAGCUUCGCCAGCUACUAAAACCAUAUCCAGGCCAGAAGAGGAUAUAAUCACAUUCAUAAUGGUAGAAAGUGUCAUCAUCACGGUGGCUUCUGGGUGUGUAUGUUUUGGAGACAGGCACCAUUGAACACAACAAAGUAUAACAUCAGCAACACUUAAUUACUUAUGUGUGAUGAUUUGACUUAAAAAAAACUGACUGUGCUAAACUAAUAAAAAACCUUUAAUACAUUAUAUUGCAGACUUCAAAGAAAAGUAUA